AUGUCUGAUCACGAGGAGAACACUUCGGAAGGCGUCUUCAAGACGCCAAUCCCCGAGCUAGACGACCACCGUCACCAAAUUGCGGCUUGCCCCCAUCCGGAGCGGCCCCGAAGAGGCACUUUCGACACGCUUUACGGAGCGCGACUGCUGGGACCGGAGUCGGUCUCUGGUGAGCAGUCACCGAGCAUUCGUGUCCGCGACUUUGAGGAGGCGAUAGUGGACGAUGAAGGAGGCGAUGUCUCCCCUAACGCACGCCGUGUGCGCCGCCCGACCGUCGAGACUAUAACCGACCAAAGAUCAGUCUCCCCGCCCAAUUCAGUGAAGGCCUUCGCCGAAGCACGCCGCCGCGAGCGUGGUAUGUCCAUAUCCGAGUCCAAGGCGGAGAGAAAUGCCAGUGAGGAGGAUCUUCACCGAACCGUCUCCAUCAGCAGUCGGCGUAGCCUUCGUAGCCGCCCUUACACGGCAGACGAUGGCGCUAGCCUGGCUACCAACCAGUCCGCGGCGGAGGACGUCUGCUUCCCACUUCAGGAUCCUCGACGCAAGGAUCAACUGUACAUUGACUUCGACUACCUCGAGAACUUCAUUCAAUCCGAUCGAGCUUCGCGGACCGCUAGUCGCCGUCACUCUGUACGGUCCUUCCCUGACCUUAGGCAACAACAAAUGUCCGACGGCGGACCGCCUCAGCUGCAACUCAGCACUGUUGACGGUGAUAUCCUCAACAUGCCCUCCGAUUCCUCGGUGGGACAAGACGCAUCAGAGAAGGAGAAGGAGGCCCCCGUGGAAGACGCUAAGCCGAAGCCUGCACCUACCCAGCAGCCCCUGGACCCCAACCGUUUUAGCUUCUUCUCUUCGGCUUGGGAGUCAACGAUUCACGCAGCGGAACUUGGCGACCUGGUCCUUCCUGGCGAGGACCUUCGAGGUCUUUUUGCGUUACCUGCCGACGAAUCUGAUGGAGUUUGGUGGCUGAACGUUAACAGCCCUACGAAGGAGGAGGUCACAGCCAUCUGCAAGGCGUUCGGCAUUCAUCCCUUGACCAUUGAGGAUAUCACAACCCAGGAAGCACGAGAGAAGAUCGAGCUGUUUCCGUCGUACUACUUUGCAAGCUUCCGGUCCUUCCAUGCCGUUCAAGAAGACGAUGGCUUAGAGUACGAACCCUAUAACCUCUACGUCGUAGUUUUCCGCGAGGGUACUUUGAGCUUCAGUUUCGAACCCAAUGCCCACGCGUCUCACGUGCGGAAGCGUAUUGCUUUGCUCAAAGACUAUGUUGCACUUAGCAGCGACUGGAUCUGCUAUGCCCUCAUUGACGAUAUUGUGGAUUGCUUUGCCCCAGUCAUCCGGGACAUAGAGCUGGAGGCGGAUGCCAUCGAGGAUGGUGUAUUUGUGGCGCGCGAGGAUGAUUCCAACCAGUUCCUACGGUCCAUUGGCCGCGUGCGCAAGAACACGAUGGCUCUGAUGCGUCUUUUGGGAGGCAAGGCUGACGUUCUCCGAGGAUUCACUAAACGCUGCAACGAGAACUACAAGGUUACGCCUCGAAUGGACAUUGGUCUCUACCUUGGUGAUAUCCAGGACCACGUUGUCACCAUGGUUACCAACCUCGGCCAUUUCGAGAAAAUCCUCUCCCGCUCCCACAGCAAUUACCUUGCCCAGCUUUCCAUCAACAGCAUCUCGCAAGGCACGCAUACCAACUUGGUGCUCAGCAAGAUUACCUUCCUUGCGUCAAUUCUUGUGCCACUCAACCUGGUCUGCGGUUUGUUUGGUAUGAACGUUGCUGUUCCGUUUCAGAAUUCGUCGUCUCUCGCUCCUUUCUUCACCAUCCUCGGAGUUUUGAUCGUCUUCAGUAUCGUGAGCCUCUCAUUGGCCCGCAAAUACAAGUAUAUCUAG